AUGAACGAAAACAAAGAAUUAUUAACCAAAAUAGGCAAAAUUCAGGGAGCAAUUGGUUCUCUAGUAAAAGAUGAAGCAAUAAAAAGCACUCACACUAAUUAUAAAUACUUUGAGGAAAGCCAAGUAUUAAAGUCAUUAAAGCCAUUAUUAACUGAGCAAAAGUUAACAAUGAUAAUAAGUGAUGAUGACACCCAACCUUUACAAUGGGAAAAGGAGGGCAACCAGCACUUUUUAAGAUACUUGAAAAAAAUGGAAAUUAGCGACUAUGAGCAAUUAAUUAGUAAAGCAGUCAAUGACAACGAAAAGCAAAAACAGUUUCUCAAUUCUCUAUUUAGAAAGUUGGAGGAAAUCAAAGAAAUAGAAACCAUGGAGCGACUGCGUGAAUAUGAGGGCGGCAAAUAUCUCAAAGCUUAUUUACUCUACAAAUCAUUCAGCAGAGCCAAUUAUCAGGCCAAACAUUUAAAAUUAAAUAAUUAUCAGGAUAUAAAUGACUAUCUUGAGGCAAUGAAUAAAGAUAUUGAGUUGUUGGAACCCAAGGAGGAAAAACCUUUGCUACCCACUCAACCAACCAGCGAGCAAUUAUUAAUAAUGAUAAGUGAGCGAAUGAGAAUGGGAGAAAUUAAAAGAGAAGAAUGCGACUGUGAUGAUGGUUUUGUUGGACUUUUUGUUGAGGACAAGGGAGGCCAAGAACUAAUGCGUUUAAAUUUACUAACUGGCAAAAUCACUCCUGACCCAGUUAACCAGUUAUUAGAAAAACAUGGUUGA